AAUGAAGCUGGUCGGAUGGUCCCGGUGCUGGAUACUGACGCUGAUCAGAGCGCUGAGCGCCGCGGCUGCUAUCUUCCCACCUAUCCUUUAAUGUCGCCCACCACCCCAUACGUGCAGUCCGGGGAGCCUCUCAAUGAUUUCCUUCGUUCAUUUUGGCAGCGGCAAGUGGAUGCAGCAGAGCAAGAGACACCAGAUUACAGGCAUCCUCCACUCCCUUUAGCUCGCAUUAAGAAAGUUAUGAAGAGCGAUCCAGACGUGAAGAUGAUCGCAGCAGACGCGCCCAUCUUAUUUUGCAAAGCGUGUGAAAUUUUUAUUUCUGAAAUAACUGCUCGCGCAUUUAUCAUAGCCGACUCGAAUAAACGUCGAACACUGUCCCGUGCCGAUAUUGCAAAGGCGCUUGCGAAGUCAGACCAAUUUGACUUCCUUAUAGAUAUAGUCCCGAGAGAGGAGGGACUUACAGGAUUGACUCAGAGUGGUACAGGGACUGGCGCCGUGGCGGGAGGAUCUGGGUCGAGUAUGACGAACUUAGUCGCAGGUCCAAGUCAAGCUGCUUCUCAUCAGGAUUCUGAACACCAUGCAGGCGAUGAAUCUGGCAAUUUGCCUUCGGCAGUGGUACUGGAUCAGCUGCAGUCUCUGUUAGCGCCAUCGAACGCAAUGCACGCACCGUGACCCACUCAAGCAUCCACAGAUGUAUACUAGUGGUUCAUAUCGUGGAUUUGAACUAAGGUUGCGCCUGGUUGCGCGGGAAGGUCCCCAUUUUAGCAGGUUCUGCCACAGCACAUUGCGAUAGGACGUUCAGCAUUUGCUGUCAUACCUACAUCGAUUAGAUUUGCUACACUGCACUCUGCCCCUAGUGAACCAGGGGCCCCCUCAGAAACCUAAUCAACCAUGGAAGCUGAGGUCAUUCCUGUGGCAUGCUUCAUUCCAUACACAAGCGCUGUCAUUGCAAUUGGUCAACUAUGCACUGCAAGGAUGAGAAACAACGAGUAGUCCAUGUAGAAAGAUACUUAUGGCUCAGCGCAUCUAAACACUUCCAUCUUUCAUCCCAGGAAGUCAGUGACUAUGAA